UUACAAUUGGAAUCAAUGAUUGUAUAUUGGAAUCCAACCAACACGUCUAGCAAUCCAAAGGUUGUGUGUUCAAAUCCCAUCAUGCAGAACUAGCAUACUAAUUUUAAUAAAGACGAUUUACAUUGACGACGUUACUUCUACCCCUGAGUCCAGGUUACAGCAGCAUACCUGAAUGAUUGAGAAUGAAAGUGAAAGUGCCAGUGUGGCAGCAACACAUUUGGAUGAAAGGUUUGCGGCGUUAUCACAUACCACUUCAAAAGUUCGGAGAUGCAUAUUAUUUUCCUGUGGCUCAGUUCAUCAUCAAAGAGACUUUAUAGACACUCCUUUAUUUAAACAUUGGAAUAGCAGGCUCCAGUGUCAUGCGGCUGUGUCUCCUUUCCCUCCUUUUUAUCAUCAAAGUGUGUCGACUCAAUAUUGUAAGGCGAGACGUGUGCCCACCCCUGCCUCAGUGUGAGCUCGCCAAGCCCUUGAAAAAGUUGGAUAGCUAUCAAGAAAACUACUCUGUACACUACCAAUGUGUGGAUGGCUAUGUGAGGAUGGCGGGGACCUCCAGUCGCAUCAGGUGCAAACGAAUUAAUCAGGUUCUUCAGUGGGACGGCCCAACACUGAUAUGCAUUCCCGACCCAUCUAUUCCAACUACGAUAGUACCUUCAAUAACCCACAAGAGGACUCCAUCUUCCAUAGUGCAUCUCUCAGUGCCCACAGAGAGAAUUAGCCCAAGACCAACCACUCCCAGUUCACUUUUAUCUCCAAUACUGCAGAACCAAGAGGUCAUUACUACUGUUACAGUGACAACCACCAUCAUCGAUGACCUUACAUUAGUGCCAGUGGAUAAGUCCAGUGCGGUGACCUCUGUGUUCACGAAGACUGUUUCUCCAUCAGAGAGUUACUGUGUCUCCAACAGAACCCCAGCCUCCAGUGAGGAUCCAGUUAGCGAUGGAAGCACUGGGAAGAGCUCUGCUGCAGCCAUAUAUGCGGGUGUAGGUGGGGUGGUAGUAACCAUCUUGCUGGUUGCAGCGUUUGGAGUACUUAUGUUUUGGAGAAGGAAAUGGAUGCAGCGGCUUGAUCUGUCGCCAACACCAGACGAAAUAGUGCAAAUUAAUGUUGUGACAUGAGCCACACUCCUUAGUGCCCGGACUGACAACCAGCAGACACUUAGAAAAGACAAAAGUGCAUCAGUUUGAUGGUGGGGGGACAAUGACCUUGGAUUGGACAAGAGGUGGACCAAAAAUGUAUGGCCCCGACCUCGUUGUCCUCGUGUGGAAAAUUAAAAUACCUAAAGCAUCACCCAAAUGGAUUAAUUUAAGACAUAUUGAUUAAUUUCAUUUAUUAAUUAAUAUCCUUAAACUAUUUUGAGGAUAGAUUCUAAAUUAAUAUGGAAGCAUAUUGGUGAUAUUAAAAAACAAUUAACUACAGUGCAUUUGGAAAGUAUGCAGACCCCUUGAUUUUUCCACAUUUUGUUACAGCCUUAUUCCAAAAAUUCCAAAAAUCAAAACAUAAUGACAAAGCAAAACAGAUUUUUAGACAUUUUUUGCAAAUGCAUUACCAAUAAAGAACUGAAAUAUCAAAUUUACAUAAGUAUUCAGACCCUUUACUCAGUACUUUAUUGAAGCACCUUUGGUGGCGAUUACAGCCUCAAGCCUUCUUGGGUAUGAUGCUACAAGCUUGGCACAACUGUAUUUGGGGAGUUUCUCCCAUUCUUCUCUGCAGAUCCUCUCAAGCUCUGUCAGGUUGGAUGGGGAGCGCGUGACACAGCUAUUUUCAGGUCUCUCCAGAGAUGUUCGAUCGGGUUCAAGUCCGGGCUCUGGCUGGGUCCCUCAAGGGUAUUGAGAGACUUGUCCCGAAGCCACUCCUGCGUUGUCUUGGUUGUGCUAUUAGGGUUGUUGUCCUAUUAGAAGGUGAACCUUCGUCCCAGUCUGAGGUCCUAGGCGCUCUGGUGCAGGUUUUCAUCAAAGAUCUCUCUGUACUUUACUCUGUUCAUCUUUUCCUCAAUCCUAACUAGUGUCCCAGCCCCUGCCACUGAAAAACAUCCCCACAGCAUGAUGCUGCCACCACCAUGCUUCACAGUAGGGAUGGGAUUGGCCUGGUGAUGAGCGGUACCUGGUUUCCUCCAAAUGUGACGCUUGGCAUUCAGGCCAAAGAGUUCAAUCUUGGUUUCAUCAGACCAGGGAAUCUUGUUUCUCAUGGUCUGAGAGUCCUUUAGGUGCCUUUUGGCAAAUUCCAAGCAGGCUGUCAAGUGCCUAUACUGAGGAGUGGCUUCUGUCUGACGACUCUACUAUAAAGGCCUGAUUGGUGGAGUGCUGCAGAGAUAGUUGUCCUGGAAGUUUCUCCCAUCUCCAUAGAGGAACUCUAGAGCUCUGUCAGAGUGACCAUCGGGUUCUUGGUCACCUCCCUCCCCACCUCCCACCUCCCUGUCUGAAUACUUCUGUAAAUAAGGUAUUUUAGUUGUUUUUUUUAUACAUUUGCAAAAAUGUCUAAACCUGUUUUUCCUUUGUGUGUAGAUUGAUGAGGGGAACAAAUUUGUUUCAUCCAUUUUAGAAUAAGUCUGUAACCUAAAUCAAAAAACGUGGAAUAAGUGAAGUGAAUCAUUUCCGAAUGCACCGUAUAACUUGGGUUACUAUACAGAUCUAACAAUUGUUUUACUAUCCAUUACAAAGACCAUAGUAACCCAACUGUUGCUUUCUGUCCAUGAUUAUGGUGACAUCUAUCAAAACACAACCAAGACCUUACUUUGUGAAUUAAAUGUUAUUAAAUGAAUUCAUGUUAUUAUAAGACACAGCAUUGCACUGUGUAUUAAUCACUAAAUUGUCUGUCACUCCCAAACAGAAGACAUCUGCAUUGGUACCAAUUUAUUUUUUAAAUGUUUUAACUUACAUUUCCUUGUUUAUACAUUACCAGCCAUAAAUGUUCACACCUACUCAUUCCAGGGUUUCUUUCUUUUUACCAGUUUCUACAUUGUAGAAUAAUAGUGAAGACAUCAAAACUAUGAAAUAACACAUAUGGAAUCAUGUAGUAACCAAAAUAGUGUUAAUCAAAUCAAAAUAUAUUUUAUAUUUGAGAUUCUGCAAAGUAGCUACCCUUUGCCUUGAUGACAGCUUUGCACUCUUGGCAUUCUCUCAACCAGCUUUAUGAAGUAGUCACCUGGAAUGCAUUUCAAUUAACAGGUGUGCCUUGUUAAGUUACUUUGUGGAAUUUUUUUCCUUCUUAAUCUGUUUGAGUCAAUCAGUUGUGGUAGGGUUGUUUAACUGGCCUUUUGUAUCUUUCUUUCAGAUACAAAAGGCCCAACUGGUUGGAAUAAUAAACCUGUAAAAAUCAGGGCAUUAAAAUUUCAGUGAAUUUAAUAAAGCACUUUUUCAAAUGUUAAGAACAAACUGUUAAUAUAAAAAUAUGGUCACAAAUGUUUUUUAUUUUAUUUGUAUUAUGUAAGUUGAAUGUUUUAUUAUUCGACAGUAGUUGCCAUAUUACAGUUGCUUUGUUUUUUAAUUUGGACACUUAAGAUUUGUAGUUACAUCCAUUACAGUUUUUGCUAUAUUUGUGUACAGUGCUAAGAGGUUGAAAAUGUAAAAUUGGGAAGAUUGCACCUUUCCCUAAUAAACAUUUAGUGGUGCCA